AUGUCUGCCGGAGAUGGAACAUCGACCCCUGGGGUUGGUGGCAGCAAUGCCAGCGAAUUUGUUCGCAAACUUUACCGAAUGCUCGAGGAUCCAGCGCACCAAGAUGUCGCUAGAUGGGGCAAAGAUGGCGAUACCUUCGUCGUUGUUGAGAAUGAAAAAUUCACGCGCUCCAUCCUUCCUAAGCACUUUAAGCACAGCAACAUGGCCAGUUUCGUCCGACAACUGAACAAGUAUGAUUUUCAUAAAGUCCGACAAACAAACGACAGUGGCUCUGCAGCCAACGGCGCCAAUACUCUCGAAUUCAAGCAUCCCAACUUCAGAGUCGGUAGCAAGGAUGAUCUUGAUAACAUUCGUCGAAAAGCACCUGCUCCUAGAAGAACGCAGGCCACAGAGGAUUUCACAACCAGUCACCAUAUUAGUGUCAUGACUGAACAGCUCACCGCCACGCAGCAGCAAGUGCAACAGCUCCAGGAAUUGUUUACUGAGGUCUCUCAGACAAACCGUCUCCUUGUUAACGAAGUUCUGACAUUGCAAAAAAUGCUGAAUGCGCAGAAACAAUCCCAGCACGAGAUGCUCAACUUCUUAUCACCCUCCACCAACCGUCACCAACAGACGAUGCAUCUCAACGUCGGUACAUCUCCUCUAGAUGGCAGCGAUGACUCGGCACCUGAAUUGAGACGGGCUCGCGAGCUUCUGUCCAGUGUGACACCUGAUCAGAUUGCCGACCGGGAGUUGGAACGUCUUCAAGGUGUGUACGGGUCUCCGGCCGAUUCUGCAGUGGUCAUUCCGCAAGCCUCGAUGCCCAUGAUGCAUGAUCCAAUGAACGACAUCAACCGUUAUCCCGUAUACCCGGUGGGUCAGACCGUCGGAAUCGAUCCUUUCCACUCGGAUCACAUCCACAAGAUUCCUUACGCGAUGCCUAACGAUUCGAGCGCCAACGCCAUGCAGGAAGUGGCUGCCCCUCAACCCAUCAAUAUUCAGACCCACGGGAACUCCAAUUCGUCGGCCAAUUCAGCUCUCACAUGGGCAUCCCGGAAACCCAGAAUCUUCCUUGUUGAGGACGACCCAACCUGCGCUAAGAUCGGUAUUAAGUUUCUCAAGUCGAUGGGGUGUGAAGUCGAGCAUGCUCAAAAUGGCGCGGAUGCAUACAGCCGCAUCACAGGCGUGGCCCGUGAUCAUUUCGAUAUGAUCUUCAUGGACAUCAUCAUGCCCAAGCUAGAUGGUGUCUCGACCACCAUGUACAUCCGACAGGACUGUCCUGCUAUCCCUAUUGUCGCUAUGACGUCGAAUAUCCGAUCCGAUGAGGUCCACUGUUAUUUUGAGCAUGGUAUGAACGGGGUCUUGGCUAAGCCAUUUACCAAGAGCGGAAUGCAGAAGAUUGUCGAAAAUCACUUGAGCUACCUCCUUAAAGGCUACGAUCCUUCAACCCAGCAAGAAUCUGGUUCGGGAUACGUGGUUGGUGGUGCAGGUUACAUGAACCCUCCCAGUAACUUGAACACACCAGGAGGUACAGCGUUCAAGUUCGAGACAACGCCUACACCUCCGGCGACAGGCGCGACUUGGUCCCCAGGACAGAUGCCACAGCAGUCUCCCCUCACCACAGGAAUGGACCAAGGGUAUGGCAUGGUUAAUGGCGCGAACCAAUACGGUUUAACACCCACGAGUGCCAGCAGAGCCAGUUUUCCCGGCAGCAUCUCACAAAAUAACCAGGGACGUAUGGACGGCCAAAGUCCUCCCGAAAAGCGACAGCGCACCUAUGUCUAA